UUUAGCGUGUUCGCCAUGCGCAUAGAGUGUCGCGCGCCAUCGUCAAGCUUUCUCCCUCUCUAUCUCCCCAAAUUCAAACCCUAACCCUACCUAAAAUUUUCCCUGAAGAUUGCAAAAUCACAUGAAAUUCCAGCCAGGAACAAAUGUAUUCCCGAUCAAAUCGUCCAUCAAAAUAAUUCAAAGCUUAAUUUGAUGGUUAUUAUCAAAUUAUCACACUCUUCUAAACUCUAGCAAUUCGCUCUAUCCGUGUCUGUGUCAGCUUAAAAAUCCAUGGAGGGCUCUGUGGUGGAGGAUCUCGGAGCCCCCGUGUCAUGGGAGGUGGCUGAUUUGGACGAAGCGAUGAGCCGUUUUAUGCUCAGGGAUCCAAAGAAAGACUCCAAACAACCUCAAGAGCUCUCCCACGAUGAUUCUUUCGGUUCGGGCUCGGCGUCUGGUUAUGAAUCUUUAGAUUCCAGUACAGGCAGUGGUGAGAAAGUGUCGGACGAUAUAAUUAAUCAGGUCGACCAGUUCCUUCGCGAAGCCUUACAGAACCCUCGUGAGCGGCUCUCCAUUCUGAGGAUGGAGCAAGAUGUUGAAAAGUUUAUCCGUGAUCCUACACAACAGCAGUUAGAAUUUCAGCAGUUGCCCACUUCAUAUUUACGGUUGGCUGCACACCGUGUAGCGCAGCAUUACUCCCUUCAGUCUAUGGUGUUGUUAGACAAUAAUUUACCUGAUGCAUCUGGUUCCAGAAUUAUUGUUCGCAAGACUUCUGAGUGUAGGUUGCCUUUGAUUCGCCUUGCAGACAUUCCUGUAACUUUGCCAUCAGAAGACAGUGGUGCGUUGAAAGUUGCGAUUAAACAAAGACCACAGAAGAGGCCACAAAGUAUGAAUAAUUCAAAUUCAAAUUCCAUGAAGACAAAUAGUUCCAAAAGUGUAGAGGAGAGAAAAGAGGAGUACAACAGGGCACGUGAACGAAUAUUUAACUCUAGUGGUCUUAGCAGUGGUACUAGUGGGAAAGCAGAAGGUGAAUUAAGAUUGCAAGAUGGUUCCCAGCAUGGUUUAUUGGGUGUAUUGAAGACAGAAGAAAAAUCUGUUUCUAGGAAUUCAGAUAUAAAUUCUGGUAGAGGUUCUCUUGAAUCUUCUACAAAUAGCAGUAGAUCAGCUAGAACUAGGACAGAGAAGGAGCCAAUUAGUAGGUACAAACCAAAUAAUAGAGUCGCCAUCUUUCGAGACCGUGAAGUUGAUAGGAAAGAUCCAGACUAUGACAGGAGCUAUGAUAGGUAUAUGCAAAGAUUUGAUCCUGGAUUCGGAUUUGCUGGAGGACCUUACACCAUUCAGCCAAUGUACACACCAGCAUUGAACUACAACACUGAAUUUCCACAACUUGGUUCCAGCUGUAGGCCACAAAUAUCUACAGAACAUCAAACUCGACCUCUCCCUCAACAUUUGCCUGGGCCGUGGACUGCCCCAUCGACUCCUGCUGGAAUUGGUUAUGGUCAUCCAGAAACAAUGAUGUCGCCAUUCAAUCCAAAUCAUGUUGGUGCACACUCUCCAUCAGCCCUUUAUUUACAUUCCUCUCAGUAUCCGUGUCAGCGCCCGGGAAUGCCUUUUAUCCAUCCUCAUGAACAUGUUCAACCUUUUGCACAGUCUCAUCAGCAGCAACCUGAUACAAGUUUUGGUUUAGCCCGGCCCCGAUAAGGGGCUUAGGCCAUGCCUGCACCCUGCUAUGUAGGACCUGGGCUUGGAAUAUUUUAUGGGCUGAUGAUACAGCUUCAUACCAUAUCUCAUCUCGCAGGAGUGCAGGCACAAGGAACUGAGUUGGAAGGAAGUAGCCAUGCGUUCUGAUCCUUUCCUCCACUCAGAGUAUAACUUAAAGCACCUUCCACUGUCUAUGAAAGAUGAAGAAGCUCAAAGGCUUGGCAAAUCAAUGGUGUGCAUGAGUCAGAACCCUGUUUUGACACUGAUGAUGAUGAAGAAAUAUUACAAAAAGAAUUGUUAUAGCUGCAAAUGUGCUUGCUCUUUGUGGACAAAGCACCAAAAAGAGCUAAAAGGGAAGGUAUACUUGGAAGGUUAUUACUGUUCAAGCUGGUGAAUUGUAUUUAGCUUGUGGCAGCUUGGUUGUGCAGCCGAUUCCCCUUGGAAAACUCUGAUAUCUGUUUGCUGCAUACUGUUCUAGAAUAUUCUAAUAGAAAUAAUGAAUUGGAUCUCAUGAUGUAUCAUAAAAUAUUUCUUGUGUGACUUUAGUGGAAUGAUUUUGUCACUUGUUAUCUUUGUGAAGGUGCUGAUAAUGAUUUCCCCUGCUGUGAAGUUUUACUUUCCUUGGUGGAAGUACCAAAAUUUGCCUCUC